AUGAUCGGAGAGACAGUGGCGUUCUAUCCACCCAAUGCUGUGCAAUACAGAAACGCUCAUGAUUACUUAGCCGAUUUCGAGGAUGAAAGGGAUGUCUACCUCAAAUCAGGAAAGCUCAUCGAGUUUCUUGAUAAAUGGAAUUGCACACAUGCAGAAAUGGACAAAUGUACUGCGUUGCUUGCACAGCAACUUUGGUAA